GCAUUUCCUAGUAUUUAAUACAGGCAGGGUGUUGCCAUUGGCAAUAAAGCGCAUGUGCAGUUGCAUGGACGAAAAUAACAAUAAUAAUGUGCAGAAAGGGUGACUUUUUCUGAAGAUGUUUCUUUCUGAAGUGGACGUAUAAUGACCUGUUUUCCCAUUCAAGACUUUUCCCAUGUAAACCAGAUUUGAUCUCGAAAGAAAUCAUUCUAUGGCUAUCCCGUUUGAACUAUUCCGGCUUAGGUUACAACCGCCAUCCCCAUCCCCAACCCACUCCCAGCCCAUCCCCGUCCUAAUAUUAUUUUCCAGAAGAAUAUACUGCGACCCGUCAGAUACAAAUGUUUUUUUUUUUUUUUUUUAAAUAUUAAAUGAAUAGAAUAGAAUAACUUUUAUUUACAUUAGGAUAAAUUAACAUUCACGGCUUUAUUUCCUUAUUUACUUAAUUAGCCCAGUAACUGGGGAUGGUCCAUUGGACGUAUUUUGUCAUUUGCUGUUUUCAGGCGAGAAAAAAAGCUAGUUGCUGUUGAAAAUGGCAAUACUUGUUUACUUUUUGACAUACCAGCGGACACAUUUUCAGAGUGCGACCUGGAAAACUUAAAACUGAUACCCCUGUUUGUGUUAAUGAAAUCUAUAAGGCGAGCCUUUGAAAGCAUAGAACACAACCUAGCAAAAUGUUUGACUUAGCCGGUUCAUGAGAGGUGUGGUUAUUACAGAUACAUUUUGACUGGUCAUACGUUGAUGUCACAAUCAAAGGAGACUUUACCUGACAGCUUUGUGCAGUGACUGCGAGCCAUAAACAUGAUUGUGCUGUAUGUCAGAGUGUGUGUGACUGUGUUGAUGCUCCUUGGCCUUUCGCAAGCAGAAAAUAAGACUAAAUGUGAAGUUGUUCAAGCUCUUCGUGCCCAGCGAGUGCCAGAUUAUGAUCUAAGGAACUGGUUGUGUUUGGUGGACCAAGAAAGCUCAUACGAGUACGAUUUGAUAAAAUAUAAUGAUUUUGGUAUAUUUCAACUCAAUCGUGACGUUUGGUGUAACAAGACGAAUGGAUAUCCAGGGACCACGUGCUGGAAGUUGAAUACAUACGGUUGCCUCGAUUUAUGCAACAGCUUUUUAGAUGCAGAUAUCUCUAACGAUGCAAAUUGUGCAGUGAGGAUCAGAAACUGCGACGGAUUUCAGCCCUGGUUUGGAUGGCGCGACCGCUGUCAUGAUGUGUCCGGACCAGAAUACGACUACACAGAUUGUUGAUUGAUUUCCAGCAAUGUUGAUAAUUGGCUACAGGAAAUGUCUGCUGACUUCAGUGACUGUUACACAAUCCUUAACUUACUACAACCUAAAUGUUUCAUUCAAUUUGAACUGUCUACAAUUAAUGAAUGACUUAUAUAUUUUAAUUCAGGACAGUGAUUAUAUUACAUACAAGUUAUUUUACUUUUAGCAUACAUGUACAUGUAUUUGCAUAAUCUGUAAUGAUUAUUAUGUAAAAUCAAUAGGCCAAGGAUGAUGUCUUCAUUGACCAGUUAUACCACAUAAAUUAAGCACAGUAGAACAUGUUUUGGUUUUAUUUUGAACAAAAUCUUACUCAGAUUAUAUUGCAGUGCUUCAAAGUUAUAUGGAAAGUUUGCAUCGUUCAAAAUGACCUUUAUGGUGAAUGAUGACGGACAAUUACAAUGCCCAGGUAAGCUACAGAACGGUCAAAGAAUUUGCUAACACUGGUCAGAUCACAAAUUAAAUGAUAUCAAUAUCAGUCUUGUCAACACUGAAGCAAAGAUGUUUUAACAAUGGCAAAAUCACUAUAACAUGUUUAUGUUCUUACAGAUGUUUUUACA